CGUCAGUUUUAGCCGGGAAUAUUUCUCUCUUGGCCCUCUCUCGCGGUGAUGACUUUCAUCUGCAGGUGGACUUUAUAAGUAUUUAGCCUUACUCAAAAUGUGCAAAGAAGAAUAAUGGAAGCCCCUGAAUACCUUGAUUUGGAUGAAAUUGACUUCAGUGAUGACAUAUCUUACUCAGUCACAUCACUCAAGACCAUCCCAGAACUGUGCCGGAGAUGUGAUUCGCAAAGCGAAGACAGAUCAGUUUCUAGCUCUAGCUGGAAUUGUGGCGUGUCCACUCUUAUUACAAACACGCAAAAGCCCACGGGAAUCGCUGAUGUAUACAGUAAGUUCCGCCCCGUGAAGAGAGUUUCCCCACUGAAACAUCAGCCAGAGACUCUCGAGAACAAUGAAAGUGAUGACCAAAAGAACCAGAAGACGGAGUACCAGAAAGGGAGUGAGUCUGACCCAGGCCCCCAACCUGAGGAGCUCAGCCCCGGAGAUAGAGAAGGCAUCCCCCAAAGUAAGAGCACGGAGCCCAGCACAUUGCUGGGCGAACUGGAGCAUUAUGACCUCGACAUGGAUGAGAUUCUGGAUGUGCCUUACAUUAAAUCCAAUCAACAGCUUGCCUCUUUUACCAAGGUGACUUCAGAAAAAAGAAUUUUGGGUUUAUGCACAACCAUCAAUGGUCUUUCUAGCAAAGCCUGCUCUACAGGAACUCCUGAGAACUCUCCAUCCAACAUGACACCAUUUUGUGUUCUUUCUCCUGUGAAAAGCCCUCACUUGAGAAAAGCAUCAUCUGUCGUCAGAGACCAGCAAAAGCUCUCCACUGAAGAAGCCGAGAGCUCACCUCCUCUAGUUAAAUGUGGCUCUGCAUAUGAGCCCGAAAACCAGAGUAAGGAUUUCCUAAACAAGACCUUUAGUGAUCCACAUAGUCGAAAAGUUGAGAAGGCAAUGCCAGACUGCCAGCUCAGGGCCUUCCAUCUGCAAUCCUCAGCAACAGAAACCAAACUAGAAGAGCAGAUUGGUGGCAUGAACUGGACCAGCUCCCAAGGCCCAGAAGAAAGGAGUGAAUAUCUGAAAAAAGUAAAAAGCAUCUUGAACAUCGUUAAAGAAGGACAAAUAUCUCUCCUGCCACACCUAGCUGCUGACAAUCUAGACAAAAUUCAUGAUGAAAACGGAAACAAUCUCUUACACGUUGCCGCAUCGCAGGGACACGCAGAAUGUCUGCAGCACCUCACAUCUUUGAUGGGAGAAGAUUGCCUCAGUGAGCGAAAUGCCGAGAAGUUGACUCCAGCUGGCCUGGCCAUCAAGAAUGGUCAGUUGGAGUGUGUACGCUGGAUGGUGAGUGAAACGGAAGCCAUUGCAGAAUUGAGUUGUUCUAAGGAUUUUCCAAGCCUUAUUCACUACGCAGGUUGCUUUGGCCAGGAAAAGAUUCUUCUGUGGCUUCUUCAGUUUAUGCAAGAACAGGGCAUCUCGCUGGAUGAAGUGGACCAGGAUGGCAACAGCGCUGUUCAUGUAGCCUCACAGCAUGGCUACCUCGGGUGCAUACAGACCUUGGUUGAAUAUGGAGCAAAUGUCACCAUGCAGAACCACGUGGGAGAAAAGCCCUCCCAGAGCGCCGAGCGCCAUGGGCACACCCUGUGCUCCCGGUACCUGGUGGUGGUGGAGACCUGCAUGUCACUGGCCUCUCAAGUGGUGAAGCUAACCAAGCAGCUAAAGGAACAGACAAUGGAACGUGUCACACUGCAGAACCAGCUCCAACAACUUCUAGAAGCCCAGAAAUCAGAGGGCAAGUCACUCCUUUCUUCACCCAGUUCACCAUCCUCUCCAGCUUCCAGAAAGUCCCAGUGGAAAUCCCCAGAUGCAGAUGAUGAGUCUUUAGCCAAAAGCAAACCAGGAGUCCAAGAGGGGAUUCAGGUUCUUGGAAGUGUGUCAGCAUCCAGCCGGGCUAGGGCCAAAGCAAAAGAUGAAGAUUCUGAUAAAAUCCUACGCCAGUUACUGGGAAAAGAUAUCUCAGAGAAUGUCUGUGCCCAGGAAAAGCUGUCCUUGGAAUUCCAAGAUGCUCAGGCUUCCUCUAGAAAUUCAAAGAAGAUUCCUCUGGAGAAGAGAGAACUGAAGUUAGCCAGGCUGAGGCAGCUGAUGCAGCGGUCACUGAGUGAGUCCGACACAGACUCCAACAACUCUGAAGACCCCAAGAGCACACCUGUGAGAAAGGCUGAAAGGCCCAGGCCACAGCCCAUUGUGGAAAGUGUGGAGAGUAUGGACAGCGCAGAAAGCCUACACUUGAUGAUAAAGAAACACACCUUGGCAUCAGGACGCAGGUUUCCAUUUGGUAUCAAGGCCUCCAAAUCUCUGGAUGGCCAUAGCCCAUCUCCCACCUCAGAGAGCAGUGAACCAGACUUGGAAUCCCACUGUCCAGGCUCAGGGACUACUCCCCCAAACCAGCCAUCUGGAGACUCCACUCAGCCCAGCCCUGACAGCACUGCUGCCCAGAAAGUGGCCACGAGUCCCAAGAGUGCCCUCAAGUCUCCAUCUUCCAAGCGCCGGACAUCUCAGAACUUGAAACUCAGAGUUACCUUUGAGGAGCCUGUGGUGCAGAUGGAGCAAACUAGCCUUGAACUAAAUGGAGAGAAAGACAGAGAUAAGGGCAGGACCUUUCAGCGGACCUCCACAAGUAGUGAAUCAGGGGAUCAACUGAAAAGGCCUUUUGGAACCUUCCGAUCCAUUAUGGAGACACUAAGUGGCAACCAAAACAAUAAUAAUAACUAUCAGGCAGCCAACCAGCUGAAGACCUCCACAUUGCCCUUAACCUCACUUGGAAGGAAGACAACAGAUGCCAAGGGAAAUCCCACGAGCUCUGCUAGCAAAGGAAAGAAUAAGGCAGAGAUGUACAGCAGCUGCAUCAAUCUUUCCUCUAACCCGCUGAUUGAAGAGCAUCUGCGUAACUCUGCACGGCAUAAUGCCAUCAAUAGAAAAGUGAAGAAAUCCUACAGCAUAAAGCACAUUGCUGAGCCAGAACCAAAAGAACUCUUCCUGUAAAUCACUUUUUUUAUUCUCUCUCAUUGCUGCCCUUUGGACACCAUUGGAAAUCUCUGGAUUAUCCUCUAUGGAAAUAGAACCAGGAGAACAAUGCUUCACCAGCAGAAGAACAGAAUAUCAGAACGCCUUAAAUUUAUAAUAGUAGACUAUAUCAGACACAUUUUGGGAUGAUAUUUGUAAAUAUAACUUGUUUUUAAAGAGAUGCUGUUUAAAAGCAUGAUUGGGCAAAUGUAUGUUUUUUAAGACUGGAUUGAUUCAGCCUACCCACAGGACAUUUACCAAGCCACUGACUCCAUUUUGUAUUUCAUCAAUUGCAUGAGUGUUUGCUAAUGUUGAUUGAAUUUCCCUUUCCCCAUAAUAUGGGCAGUUUUGGCUCAGCUCCUCAAUGAGACCAGGUCAGUGGUAUUGCUUUCGGUCAAGAGUGUUUUUUCUGUCAUUUCUACUUUUGGUAUAAAGGAAAUAAAGCAAUGUUAACAGUCACCUAUAAGCUUGGGGUACCUACAUUCAAAUAAAU